CACUCCUGCUCAAAUGCUCCACUAGUAGCUGCACACUUCUGCUUUCAAUACCGCUGUAACAAUACGACUGAAAUCCAGGGCUUUAAAACAAAGACUUUUGUAUAUUUACUACAUCAUGGAUGGGCCACGCUCUCAAUGAACACAAAUGUGGCAUUAAUGCAAUACAGUGGAUUGUCUUCGCAUCGAAAGCAAAUAACGGCAGACAUUUUUUGUAAAAAGAGGUGUAAGAAAAAAAGACACAAAAAGGAAAAUGUUCAGGGUUAAUGGUUCUGUUUGGCCAACACAUCUGCAGUGAGAUGACUAUGAUGGAACUAUUUGUAAGCGGUACAUCUGGAUUGCAUUAUUGGACUUGACAAGAGAGAGGGUUUGGGUGUGUGCGUAUAGCUUUAGCAGAAUGUUCAUAAAUUACAGAAGGGUGAAAAAAUGGCAUUUUCUACGGCUCGUCUCGAUGUGCUGUGUCAUGUCGAUCCUCAUGGUUUGCUGGGAACAAGUGGACCACCACGUCGUGAGCCACGUGAAGUCGUACUCCUACCGCUACCUGAUCAACAGCUACGGCUUCAUCAACAAGAGCCUCAGCGUCAGCCCGGAGGAAGCCGCCAGGUUUGGAAGUUUCCCGUAUUUGCUAAACAACAAGGGCGUUUGUACGGACAAAGACGUGCUGCUCCUCCUCUUCGUGAAGUCCUCUCCGGGAAACUUCAAGAGACGGCAGGCCAUCCGCUCCACUUGGGGCGACGAGUCCUACGUGAGUCGCGAGCUGGGUGUUCUCGUGAAGGUGGUGUUCGCUAUGGGUGCUAACCCAGACGUGUUCACUAAUAAGUCACUGCUGAAAGACUUGCAGAAGGAACAUGUGAACCAUGGUGACCUGGUUCAGCAGGAUUUCCUUGACACAUUCCACAACCUCACUGUGAAACUGCUGCUUCAGUUCCACUGGACGCAUGAGAACUGCGCCCAUGCCCGCUUCCUCAUGACCGCGGACGACGACGUCUUCAUUCACAUGCCCAAUCUGGUGCACUACCUGCAGGACCUCAGAAGAAGGAACGUGCGCAAUCUCUGGGUCGGCCAUGUGCACAGGGGGGCUCCUCCCAUUCGCCGGAGGGACAGUAAGUACUACAUGCCUUUUGACAUGUACCAGUGGUCCUCCUACCCAGAUUACACCGCCGGGGCAGGCUACGUGGUCUCUGGCGACGUGGCAGCCAAAAUCUAUCAGGCCAUGCUGUCUCUAAACGCCUCUAUGCACAUCGAUGAUGUCUUCAUGGGCGUCUGUGCCAUUGCAGCGGGCGUCUCGCCUCAGGAACACGUUUACUUCUCGGGGGAGGGGAAAACGCCCUAUCACCCGUGCAUCUACGAAAAAAUGAUCACUUCUCACGGACACGAGGACGAUAUCAGGUAUCUGUGGAAGGUUGCAACCUCACCACAGGUAGAAGGUAUUUCGUCUGGAUUGGUGGGGAAAGUGUAUUGUACGGCUGUGAAAAUGAUGCUGCUGUGUAAGCCGUACUUUACAAACACGUAUUCAUGCAUGGGAGCAUUUACAUAAAGCGCUGUGAGCUCUGUGAAGUCCGA